AUGCCAGUGAAAAGACGUGAUAAAACGACGCUUUUACCUCAGGCGUUGCGAGAACAAUUGGAACAACAAGGGUACAAGACGGGCCACUCGCAUUCGAAGAGGCAAAAAUCUCGAAAGGAGAGACGAACAGAGGAGAAGAUUGCAAAGAAGCAACGGAAGAAUGAAUAUUAUUCACACAACCUGAAUAAUACACGGUCGUCGGAACCUCGUCCAGAUGUAGAGCCACCGAAAAAGAGGAGAAAGCUCGACGAGGGUAACACUAUUUCAAAACCGUUGGUUACAAAACGCUCGGACAAAAGUCUGAAAACGCUUGAGCCGGUGAAGAAGGAUGCUGUCGCUGGCCCAAAGCCUCUUCGAGUAAAAAUGGCAGAGGGGGAUGGUCUGUUGAAAAAGACGCGAUCGCAGGUGGAAAUUGAUGAAGAUAAGGAGAUUGCGUGGUUGGAGUACCAACUUGGUCUGUCUGGCAAAAAGCAGGGCAAGUCGUGGAAUAAGAUGUUACAAGAGGAUGGGCUUGACGAUCUAUUGGACGGACUGGACGACGUACUUGGUGGAGUGGGUGGAUCGGAAGACGAUGUGGAGGGUCCUGCAGAGGAUUGGGACACUGAGCAAGAAAGUCAAGACGAAGAGGAUGAGGACAAGGAGGAUGAAGAGGAAGAGGAUGACCACAGCGUCGAAGAAGAUGAACCAUCCAAGGACGGCAAAUCCGAUGCUUCCGAUGUAGAAAUGGAUGACGCUCAGGCGGUUCAGGUCAGUUCAGUGACUUUCAAGGCAGAAGUCGCGGAUGGAUCGAAAUAUGUCCCUCCCCACCUUCGAGCAGCGGCUGCAAACGAUCUGGAUGCUACCCGCGCAAGACUCCAACGACAAAUACGUGGAAUGGUGAACAAAUUAUCGGAGCAAAAUGUUGCGACGAUCCUCAAUGAGUUGGAACAAGUUUACCGGGACAAUACUCGCAACGCUGUCACUACACUACUAACAACUGUUAUUCUGGACAGCAUUGCUUCCAACUCCAGCCUACUCGAUAGUCACGUCGCGCUGAUCGCAACGCUUGUGGCAUCCCUGUAUCGAAUUAUUGGGAUUGAGUUCGUGGCUCAUUUCGUCCAAGAAUUGGUCGAAAAGUAUGAAGUAGCGUACGAAAAUGCAAGAAAGAGACCGGAAGACGAUACGAUGGAUGCUGUGAGCAAAGAACCACUCAAUCUCAUCGUCUGUCUGGCCGAACUCUACAAUUUCGGAGUCAUCUCCUGCGUCCUUGUGUACGACAUCGUCCGCCAACUUUUCAAAGAAACGAUUGGGGAACUAGAGGCCGAGCUCCUUCUAAAGAUACUAAGACUAUCUGGACAGCAACUACGGCAAGACGAUCCCCUUGCCCUCAAGGAUAUUGUGCAAAUGGUCUUGGACAAUGUCGCCCAUCGCAAAGGGGAUCUAAGCUCUCGAACCCGCUUUAUGAUCGAGACCUUGACCAACCUCAAGAACAAUAAAGUGAAAAAAAGCGAUACCUCAGCGAUGGAAACGGUCGAGCGCAUGAAAAAGUUUUUAGGGACCCUCAGCAAGCGUUACCAUUCCUCUACAGAACCUCUCCGAGUUACCUUGAGUGACCUUCAUUCCUCGGAAUCCAAGGGAAAGUGGUGGUUGGUUGGCGCUGCGUGGGGUGGCGACCCUCUUGUUGAUCACAAACUGGAGAAGUCUUCUACACCGACGCACCCGGAGAGUAAACUAGCGAACCAGCGUCUGCUACAAUUGGCCAAAUCUCAUGGGGAUGAACACUGA